GCCUUCCCCCUUUGUCUAGCCGUGCGUGCGGCUGCCUAGCCCCUGCCCAAUCUCUCUCUCACCGUCUGCGUGCAAUUGCCCAGGGCCCAGGACUCUGCUGCUGCGACGCAACAACAGCACCACUGGAUUCUACCAGCGGCUGGCCGUAGCCCUCGACCAUCAUUCACCGUCUGAUUUCCACUGCAAGUCUCUCUCUCUCGCCCUCGACCCAUCAUCCAGCGUCUGAUUUUCACUCAGCCCUAUUCAAGUACUCGGAUAAUCCGGGCGAAGCUUUGUCUACUCCCUCUACGAUUCCUCCUCUCAAGACAAUAAUAUCCACUAGAUUCAAGAGCUGAUCAACGGUGGAGAUCAAAGCAGAUGAACAAGUUCGGAGGGAGACAACCGACGGGUACCCCGUCGUUAGCGUGGUCCUGCGUCGUCGUCAUAGCUUCCCUUCUCGCUGGCGCUUCUGUAGUCCACAACAUCUUCAAACCCAAUCUGGAACUGCCUCCAGCUGAGAGGAUGGGUGAGACUAGAAGAAGCACUGAAGAAGGAUGACUCAGCAAUUUUUGUACUAUGUACAGAUGAAAUGUUUGAAAGGAAAACAGAGUAAGAUUUUCAAUUAGGCAGGUGAUUAGGAAAUUGUGCUGGUAUCGUGUGUACUUGAGGCUAUCAAAUUUUGGUCAAGAAUAUGACAUUGGCGAUGCCUUUCAGUUUGGAAGAUUUGAUCCUAAAAUGCUUGGCCAACAAUUCAUCCAUUACAGCCAUGAGUGGUGGAUUUUCUUCCACUUCAAAGGUCUAUCAAUCAAUUUAGAGAUGUUUGGAUUAUAUGUUGGAAUGCACUUAAGGUUGUGUUUA